UCAUAAAAACAGUAAAAUAUACUUUACUAUUUUAAUUAAUAAAGUCAUUUUUUUCCCAAAUCCAGAUUCUUACAGUACUGUGUUAAAAUAAAUUUAGAAAAUUUUAAUCUGAAAUGAAAAGAGCGACAAAAACAAAGAAAAAUGCACCAGCGAAAAAGAAAAUUCGUCCUGCUGAAUCAGCGCCCUCUAAAGUAGAAUCUGAAAAUGACAAAUCGGAGUCUUCCGAAAAUGAAGAAGAGGAAGAAGUCUAUAAAGAUGAUGGAAUCCUCCUAAAUGACUCUGAUGUUAAAUCCUGGGAGGCGAAACAGAGUUAUUUAUUGGACGAUUCAGAACUGGAAAACCUGAAUGCAAAAUACAGUAUGCGGUCGUCAAAAGUUGUCCAAAAUAAACUUGUCCGUCUUUUUCAGCGCCAAAAAGUUCCAGAAACUGUCGAUGAAGGCGAUGAAAGUCUACUGGCUUCGGAUAAUGACUUCCCAAGCACUGUUAGCGAUUUAGAGAAGUGUUUUCAACUGCCGAAAGUGGUUUCUGAAAACUGGUUAAAGCUAUCGCAAACCAUUAAAACUGGAGUAGUGGAUUCUGCAGUUUAUUUUAAGCUGUGUGAAGCUCUACAACAACAAGCUAGCGUGUAUUAUUCGGAUCAGAAUUACCUUCAGCAGAGUUCAGAAAUAAGGUUAGCUUAUUGUGCACGGAUUUUAAACCACCUUUUAAAAUCUCGUGCAGUUCUGCAAAGAAAUGACCAAAAAAUUAAACUUUCUGAGAAUAGCAAUGAAGAAGUAAAUGAUGUAAAAGACAGGGGGCUUGUUCAACCUAAAGUUCUUAUUCUGUCUCCUUUUCGGUCAAAAGCGUUUGAGAUUGUGAACACUUUAAUUUCGCUCUUGCAGAACAACAAAAAAAUGGAGGUCGCUUUCAAAAAACGCUUCAAAGAAGACUUCGGCUCUUCUGAAGAAGAUGCGGAAAAGAUGGAGAAAAAACCAGAAGAUUAUCGGAUGCUGUUCUCCGGACACACGGACGAGCACUUUAGGAUUGGUAUCACACUCGCGCAAGGAAAAAUGAGGCUAUAUUCCCAGUUUUAUAAAUCUGACAUCAUUAUCGCUUCUCCUCUUGGUCUACGAACCGCAAUCGGGGAAAUAGGAGAGGCCCAUUAUGAGUAUGAUUUCCUCUCUUCUAUUGAAAUCUUUGUUUUGGAUCACGCGGAUGUAUUUAUGAUGCAGAACUGGGAGCAUGUCCUACACAUCAUGAAGCAUCUUCAUUUACAGCCAAAAGAUUCUCACGAUGUUGAUUUUUCCCGGGUAUUUGACUACUGUUUAGACGGGCACUCUAAACACUAUUGCCAAAACCUUGUCUUCACCAGCGUGGAUUUACCUUCAAUUUCAACUCUGCAAACAAAAUACUGUUCGAAUCGGAAUGGCUUGGUGUCUUUUAAUGACUCUAAACUUGAAGGCUCUGUUUGUGGUGUUAUAAAACAACUUCCGUUAGGCUUUCACAGAUUAAAUACUUUCCAGCUUAAAUUUUCUGAUGUACCAGACACCAGGUUUAAGUUUUUUCUCGACUAUAUUUCUAAAGCACAACAACAGCCUGGCACCCUUGUGUACAUACCACAAUACUAUGACUUUGUGCGCAUCAAAAACCAUAUGAGAAGGCAAGUAAAGUCCGCUGCUGGCCCUGCUUUUGGUUACAUCAGCGAAUAUAGCGACUCAAAAACUGUAGGAAAAGCACGCCGUAAUUUUCUCAUUCAAAAAUUUCCAAUUCUCUUGUACUCUGAGCGAUACCAUUUCUACCAUAGGCCAAACAUAAAAGGCAUUAAGCAUAUUGUGUUCUAUGACCUGCCUACCCACCCCCAUUUUUUCAGUGAGUUGUGUAAUAUGAUGUCAGGUGCUGAUGUUAAUAUGUCAGUCAGUGCAAUUUAUUCGAAGUUUGAUUCCAAAAAAUUAGACCAUGUUGUAGGGACAGCUCGUGCCAGAAAUUUACUGCAAUCAAAUAAGUCUUUUUUCAUGCUUGUAACUGGGAAGUCCUAAUACCUAUCUAACAAUAAACAGAAUCGAAUUACAUUUGAGAUUUUUGCAACUUUGUUUUUAAUAUUCUGAAAAUAAAUGGUGUUUUGUUACAUUAAAUUUGGUGUCUAAAUUUUGGCAAAUUUGUUUUUAAAAAAAUGUUUGGUAUGAAAAAACAUGAAAUUUAUUGAAUGUAUUUAAACAGAAAUUGACAAUUUGUUUGGUAUUUUCAGA